CGAAAGCCGAAGACAUUGAUUGUAAACAAAAUCAGCUGAUGUUGUCAUGGAGCCGCUCUAGUGUAGUCUGCUAGGAGAACAGUAAACAUGGCAGAAGGGGAAACUUCCGAUGACCUUCAGACCCUAAUACGGCCAGAUGAUUUAGAGGGUAUCACAGAAGAGUCGGCGGGCAGUGCGGCAGCUCACUCGGCUCCCUCCCUCCUCCACGACCCCCCUCCGGCAUGGCAGCUUCCUGUACAGUGCGUGCUGUUGGUGCUUGUGACGACUGCCCUUGUAAUUAUUUUGCCGGUGUAUCUUGAGUCAGUGAACGUGGUGGGUGAUGCGUACUCAGCCCUUAUCUUUGCGGCCAUCUUCACUGCUCUCCCUGUGGUGUUAUUUGUGCAGAUCAGAUACAGUUACUUCUGCCAGUUCAUGCGUCUAGGACCCUCCUCCCCUUCCGCCAUACUCAAAACGGGGAUGUUCCAUGGAAUUUCUAGUCUCAUGAUCGUCUACGCUCUGGACAGAAAGCGCGUGGUGUGCCAUGCCCAGGAGCCCUUAAUGGGGCUUAUAGUCAUGUAUAUGAUUAUCAUUUAUUUCUUCUACAAAGGACCAGAGUUGAGUUCCCCGAAGAUGUUCUCCCUCUGUGGUGUCCUCGGAGGCCUCUUCCUGGCAAUGGACUUCCAGCUGAAUAACCUCUAUCGAUGCCACGGCAGAUCCAGAAAAAACCCUGAAGACGACGGGGGCCCGUGGAGCGCUCAGGCCCAUGCGUUGUGGACCAUUGUCUAUGCUGCGGCACUUUUCCUCUUCACUUUAUCGUGGCUUCUCCUGGAGAGAGAAGUGAUUACUAAAAAGAGUGGCACAGGCGGCUUGAGCAUGGUAAGCACUGUCUCUGGGGGAAUGUCAGCCCCUGGAAGUGACGCGGAAGCUCUCAUCUCCAGCCGGGGAGCUGUGGUGAGCACCCCCAUGCAGAACUCCGUGGACGCCAAGUGGGGCAUUCAUCUCGUGUGGUUCACUUUGGCCUCCCUUUUCACCAUCAUGAUGCUCUUCUGGACUGAUUUCUUCACCGCCCUCGGAAAGGCUGGAUCACCCCAGGAAUUUGUGAAGCUCACUUCCGGUGGCCUGCGGUGCCACUUUCACUGGGGUGGGGAGUGUGGCCCAACGGCACUCUAUGGCUGGCUGUUUGUUGCCCUUCACCUGGCAUUCUUGGUGCUCCUGGGAAGGGUCUUAGCUGCCUCACAUUCCAUCAUUUAUGCGCUCUCUGUGACAUCCGUUGCCUUGCCCGUCCAAGCACUCUGGUGGUCUAUGUUCCGCAUUGGAGGCCCACUUGGGAUGGAGUGGUAUCCGCAGGAGUCUGGGGAAGUCAUUUUCAGCCUCCUAGGUUUGCCCAUAAUGAUUGCCUGCUUGUGCUACUGGAGUCACGUGGAGAAGCGCGAGAAGCAGAGGUCCAACAACUUCCCCCUCACUGCGGCAUCAUAAGGCUGGCAACAGGAAUUUCAGUGGCUGUCCUGAGAGUGUGAGUGGGUGUUUGUGCUAGAAACAUAGAAAGCUGGAAUGUUGGUUUAGUAACACUUACAGAGAAGACAGAGUAAUGCCAGGAAUGCUUUAGAGUGUGGAAUAGUGUGCUUGGUUCUUCUGAGUAAAGUGAUGUAUAUGUCAAACAAUGGUAUGGUAUAGGAAUUGUGACUAAAUCAGCAAAGGUAUGAAUAAUUAUCUUGAGUGUUGCAGUCAGGUGAAUGAAAAAUAAUUUAAUUAGAAAACUGAUCAGAAAACAAAUGUAGUAUCAAGUUAAAAGAAAUUCAUAAAAAAAAAAAAAAAAGUUCCUGUACUCUCCAGCCCAUAAGCACACCAAAGAAGUCCCGGUUUUGCAUGUGAUAGCGGGUCAGAUAUAUUAUUCCGAUUUGCCAUUGAUUUGAAUGUCUUAUGGGCAUUUAACAGUAGUCAGGAGUAGUCUGAAUCUGGUUUGUUUUUUAUACGAGAGUAUGAAUCUGUCUUCUAAUUGUCAAGCAGAAUGGUUUGCAUAUUAUAUCUUGUUUUUUUUAUGUAUCUGCUUGAAUGCUGUGCCAAGCUUUAAAUAUCAAAAUUAAGGAGGACAGGUAUUAUGCAAGUUAUAUACUGUCGUAGCUCUUAAUGUCUUCUAUAUUUUUUCUCCUCAGUUUCAAGUAUGAGAAAUAUGUGGUCUCACUCAUUUGGUUUUAAAAUUGCUUAUAAUGAGAAUUAUAUAGAUAUAUACUUAAGCUCUGAAAGCUGAACCAAGAAUAUGUAGGUAUAAAUAUCUUUAUUCUGGUAAUGUUCAGUUGUAAUUGAGGAUAAUUUAUGAAAUGAUAUUUUUCUCUCUUGAGUGUUAAUUAUGAAAAUUAUAUUUCCAAAGAUUGAUGGUGAAUAUAGGGAACCAAUGUGGUAAAGAUAUUUAAGAAUAGACAUAGUUAUGUAAAAGGAGUGUAUAUUUAGAUGAGAAAUAUUCCAAGAAGUUCUGCCAUGGAAAUUGUACUAUAUUUUCAAUGGUUCAUUUUGUAUUUGCAGCCUCAUUCAGCAGGGAUGUAUUCCAGUAUAUUCUCACAUUGUUGGAAUGGAUUUCUAAAUUCAAUAAUGAAAUUAAUUUAGAGCUUUAAAAGAAUAUCCGCUGUUGCCAUGCCAUAAGGAAAAAAUUAAAAGAAUAAAGAUUUAUGCUUUGUCUUAUAUUUUAAAAUGUUGGAUAAGUAAUUAUGGUGAUUUUUAUGGCUAUAUUAUAAUGAGAAUGCAUAUUCCUUUUGUGUCUUCCUCUGAAAUACAAUUUUUUUUUGUAAAUCCCUUCUUGUUAUAUGUUCAAUGAAAAGUUAUUAUUUUUGAAUAUGUCAAGUUAAUGAUGUUAAAUAAGACUUGUCAAUUCAGUGUAUGAAUUCAUUAUUACUGGAAAAAUUUCUUUAAUAAGACUCUUGCGCAUAGUAUACAGCUUGAUAUUUUGACUUAAUAGUAUAUAUUCAUAUUUUCUUACGUUAUAUGUAUAUUAUCGAAUAUUGUAUGUUUAUAAUAUAGCAUUAUUAAAAAUGAUGAUAUGACAAUAGCAGUGGAAUUAGUAAAUCAUGUAAUUUAGAUAACUGAAGCAGCUGUAGGUACAUUACAGACAUACAGCAUGGACAGGCCAGUUUUUCCAUUUGUGUUGUGUAGAAAUAUGAACCUUAAACUAAGCUUAAGAUAUUUUUUUGUGAAUGGAGGGUGCGUUAAUCUCUUCUAUUAUUUAUUCAUGGAAGAAAAACUAACAUAUCUUAUGUUAAGACUGCAAAGGAAAAGAAAGAAAAGACAAUGCAGUCCUUUUCCAAAGUUGCAUUGAGGGCUAUUGUAGGCUUUUCCAAGCACCUAAAUAGAUUGCAUGGCUACUUGUGGAUAGCACAGUCAUCAGCUGUAAUGAACAAUUUGAAAGAUUUAGUGAGGGCAGUCUUCCAUUCCUCUUCCACUCAUUGAGAAAAAUCCUUGACUUCCAGGCAGCAUUUUAAUUCUCAUAUAAGGUGUCCAUUGAAGGAUGUGAUGCCAGUGCAAUUUGUAUAGGUCCCUGAAACCUGAAAACAAGAAUAAUAAUUUUUGUGAUAUAUUGUAGUACGGACUCCAUGUAAUGUCUAUACUAUAAGCUGAAAGUAGGAAUUUUUAGUGAAUUUAUAAAUAUGUUGUUGUUAUUGUUAUUAUUAUUAUUAUUAUUAUUAUUAUUAUUAUUAUUAUUAUUAUUAUUAUUAUUAUUAUUAUUAUUAUUAUUAUUAUUAUUUAUUAUUGCUAAUUUUAUUUGUUUCUUUAUGUAGAUUUUGUGCUUGUAUGCAAAGUUUAAAAUGCAGAUCAAAAAAAAGUUUUAAUGCACGAUUUUUUUACAGACAAAAAACAAGACGAGAUGGUUAAAUUUAUAUCGUUUCAUUUUAUUGCACUUGUCAUAUGGAAGGAUUAGUGUGUAAGCUGUAAGCUGCAUGGUUCAGUCAAGCACAAAGCACAUUUAAUGACUGAGUGAGUUAGUCCAGAAGCCAAUCUCAGUUAUUCAUAAACUGUUGCUUUAAGUGCUCUGUUUUCAGACUUUGUACCACUGUGUUCUAUUUUUGUCUUUUGCACAAACAUUAAAAGCUCUGAUGCUUAUAAAGAGAUUUUGCAUCUUUCUGUGUUUAUAUUUAUUUACUUACAGAGUGCUCUGUAUGCUUGUACUAUAUAUGUUAAUAAAAGGAGGCUAUUUAUUA